GACGUCAUCGUCAGUGCUGCUAGCAGAAUAUUAGUACGGAUAUGAAAUCGUGUGUCUCUUUUAUCCUUCUUCAAAAGUACAAUCUGACAAAGUUUCUGUCGCUAUUGGGGCUUGUCCGGACGGGACAGGGAAGUCAGGUUCGGCCCGGGGAGCCGUGUAGAGGCUCGGUAAUAUGGGCCUGUUGGCUAGAGUACGGAAAGAAUGGUUUAUUAUCGGUAUAGUGGCAGCGAUCGUGUCUGCGAAACUACAGCCUGCAGUUGGACUGAAAGGAGGUCCACUGAGACCAGAGUUCACAAUCACCUAUGUUGCGGUGUCAGCCAUUUUCUUCAACAGCGGCCUGUCAUUAAAAACAGAGGAGUUGACCAGUGCCCUCCUCCAUGUGAAGCUGCAUCUGUUUGUCCAGUCCUUCACCCUGGUCUUCUUCCCUGUUGCCAUGUGGCUCUGUAUCAAACUACUGGCUCUUACCUCAAUCAACACUUGGCUACUCCGAGGGUUACAGACGGUGGGAUGUAUGCCUCCACCAGUCUCCUCUGCUGUCAUACUCACCAAAGCUGUGGGGGGGAACGAGGCUGCCGCCAUCUUUAACUCCGCCUUCGGAAGCUUCCUGGGAAUACUAGUGACACCACUGCUACUGUUACUGUUUCUGGGCUCGUCAUCCUCUGUUCCUUUCUCCUCCAUCUUCUCUCAGCUCUUCAUGACUGUGGUCGUUCCUCUCAUCCUAGGGCAGGUGUCCCGGAGGUUCCUGAGGGACUGGCUCGAGAGGAGGAAACCUCCGUUUGGAGUCAUCAGUUCUUUGGUUCUCCUGAUGAUCAUUUAUACCACCUUCUGUGAGACCUUCUCUAACCCGGAUAUUGAACUGGACCACCUCAGCCUGCUGCUCAUCACCUUCAUCAUAUUCUGCAUCCAGCUGAGCUUCAUGCUGUUGACGUUUGUCUUCUCCACACAGAAACAAUCUGGUUUUACUCCAGCUGACACAGUAGCUAUCAUGUUCUGUGCUACACACAAAUCUCUCACCCUGGGUAUACCCAUGUUAAAGAUAGUUUUUGAGGGGUACGAGCAUCUCUCUCUGAUCUCCGUCCCUCUCCUCAUCUAUCACCCUGCUCAGAUCCUACUGGGUUCAAUACUGGUACCCACCAUCAAGAGCUGGAUGAACAGCAGACAAAAGCCUAGUAUUUUAUUGCAUUGAUACCUACCUGUCUGGUCUGUGGAGUGAAGUUGACCGACCUGCAGCCCAUCUGAAGUGGACUCUCCCCAGUGUGUACACUCAUUCACUCCCCCUCAUGGGGAGUAUCAUUUGAACUGUGACAGAAGGGACUACUUCCUUCCUCUUUUAUGUAUCUCUCUGGUGGAAGGAUACAUACAGAAGCACAAGUGCCUCGUCGCAACCACGUGACUCGCGAACACGUAGUCCUGGGCUCUAACGGUUGUGAUGGUCGCUAUGACAAAACUUGUGUGAUUUAUUCGAUGGUUUACUUUAAA